AUGGAAGCUUCACAACUUCUUUCAAUAGAGAGCUUUUCCAGCAGUUGGCUAGCAAAUCAAGCAUCUUUCUUUGAUGGGUUUGGUUCAUCAAGAACAUCUAUUGAUAAUUCAGAUCAAAUUCAAGUAUUUGGAAGGUUACUAUCUCAAAAAUCCUUGGAAGAGGCCCGUAAUUUCAACUUCGACAUUCCUUCUCCUAAAUCAUCACUUGUUCUUGUUCAUGCUGAUGAAAUCUUUUGUGAUGGCCAAAUACUUCCAUUAUAUGGUCAUGAGAAUUCUAUUCUAGAAGAACCUAAACCGGCACCUUCGAUAUUGUUACACAAAGUGAAUCAAUCAUGGAGAAAAAGAUCGAAGAGAUUGUUGCAAAAAUGUUUUUGGUUUGUUCGGCCCUUGUGUAGAAAAGUUGUGUUCUUGAGGAGAAGUGUAAAAGUGGAUGAUAUCGAUAGGAAACUUCGGGCGGUGAAGAGCUUGAAUACAACUCCUAUAAUGUCCCCUCAACGAAAUAACAUGAGAUAUUGUUUUUCAAAUAAUGAUUUGCGGAAAGUCAAGAGUUGUAAUGGUUCUCCACUAGCAUCUCCAAGCGCGUCUUGUUCUUCGUAUGAUUGGAGUAUCGAUAACUCAAUUUACGAGGCCAUUGUUUAUUGCAAAAGAACCAUUAAUGAAACAUGA